UCUAGAAGGCAUUUGUAACAGUAUUACGUGGACGAUGGGUAUCUUUGAUGUCAUAUCUUUGUAAAAAAUUAUGGAAAUAUUAUCUAGAUUUACUAGUUUAAAUUCUUUCUGCACGCGUCGUUGUUGAAAAUGUUAUUAUUUUUUAAAUUCUAGUAAUAUGUCUGCUGCUUUCAUAACCAAGUUACAGGUCUCUAGCUGAUAAUCGGAUAUCUAUAUAAAUUAGUCUUUAAAAACAUAUCUUCAAGAUGAUGACUGACACUGAUUCAGAUUCUAGCCAGAGGGGCAACGCCGUUUCACAAGCAAUAAAAUAUUUACAGCUGCGAUACCAAAAAUUGUUGGAUGAUGUCACACCUUACAUGAUAGGCCGGUGGAUAUCGGCAGGCCUUCUAACGUUAGCUUUUCUAGCUCGAGUAUUUAUACUACAGGGCUGGUACAUUGUUACUUACGCAUUAGGAAUUUACCAUUUAAAUCUAUUCAUUGGAUUUCUAUCACCAAAAAUCGAUCCUGAGAUCGCAGAGUAUGAAGACGACGCUGGCGGUCCAGAACUGCCUACGCGCGCCAACGAGGAGUUUCGACCGUUCAUCCGGCGGCUGCCCGAGUUCAAGUUCUGGUACGCCGUGUCCAAGUCGACGCUCAUCGCCACCAUAUGCACCUUCUUCGACUGCUUCAACAUACCCGUCUUCUGGCCCAUCCUGGUCAUGUACUUCAUCACGCUGUUUGGCAUCACUAUGAAACGACAGAUCAAGCAUAUGAUAAAAUACAGAUAUCUGCCUUUCACCCACGGCAAGCCAAAGUACUCGGGGCAUGAGGAUUCAGGAAAGGUGAUUAACUCUAAGUGACAGGAUUCAAGAACUUACCAACCACUUCAUACACAACCAGUGCAAAAUACAGGCGGCCCUCUAGUGCCUCCUCCACCGGCUGCAUCAUUUACUGUUGGUCCUGUACGCGAUGCAUAAAAACAUAAUUAUGUGCUAUAAAACAUACUACUGGACACAUGAAGCAUAAUUAUGUGUUGAACAUACUACUGGGUGUAUAACAUUUCUAAUUAUGUUGUAUAAAAUGUAGUGCUGGACACAUGAAGCAUAAUUAUGUGUUAAACAUACUACUGGGUGCAUAACAUCUCUAAUUAUGUUGUAUAAAAUGUAGUGCUGGACACAUGAAAUAUAAUUAUGUGCUGUACAACAUUCUACUGGGUGCAUAAAAUGUGUAAUUAUGUGGUAUAAAAUGUACUACCAUGCACAUAAAACAUUCUGUUGUUUAAGAUUUUAUUGUGUGUAUAGAAUGUUUUAUUAUGUUGUAGAAAAUGUACUGCUGAACACAUGAAACAUAAUUAUCUUUGUUGUUUGCCAUACUGGAUGUAUAAAAUGGUCGAUUAGUCUAUUAAACAUAAUAAUGUCUCUAUAAAACAUAAUUAUUUGUUGUUGAACAUAUCAUUGGAUGCAUAAAACAUAAUUUCUGUGAUUAGAAAUUAAGAAUCAUAGUACCCUUUUCUCAACUUUUAUUUUAUUCCUCACAACAUUUAUUGACUUAUAAUGUAAUUUUAAGUGAGUCUUGAAACAUGCUGUCACAGAAAAAAUGAAGUUGAGAAAAGUCAACUUCAAUUGCAAAUUCGUAUUCGAAUAAUUUUUAUUCAAUGGGUAUAGAAUUUAAAACCAGUUGCAUAGAUACCAUAAAACAAGGAUAAUUGUGUUGUUUCUUUUAUAAUGAGUUACUGAAUUUUAAAAAUUGUUAGGUAUAAAUCAUACUGAUUAAUGCAUAAAACAUAAAUAUAUGGUAUAAAACACACUAUCACAUGCUAAAAUCCUAAUUAUGUGUUGUAAAACUCAUUUAAAAACUACUGAAUCCAUUAAAAGAUAAUGGUGGUAUCAAAUUUAUCACCAGAUGCAUACAUAUAUGUUGUGCCAGGAUUUAUAACCCCAAUUAGCUCCCUGUUUGGGCGCCAAAUUUUGUAAAUUUUUUCUUUCAUAUUUUUCAAAAUUCAGGGAUCUCAUCCCAACCAUGCUUUUUGAUAGUUGUUGAACUUCUUGAUCAUUCUAUGGAAUUUAUAACUCAUUAUGUUGAACUAAGUGUAGGAAGCAUCAAACAUGAUUACAAAACAUUCUAGUUAAUAUGUGAUAACAUGAAACUCAUUAACUAUGUUUGAUGUAUAUAAUUAUGACCAUAAUCAUGCUUUUAUGUGUGCAGUCAUGCACAUAAUUAUGUUUUAUAUAUGUAAAAAUGUACAUAAUUAUGUUUGUAUGUUGAACAUACUACAGGAUGCAAAAAACAUUUGUGUGAUCAAUCGUUCUGUGGUAUGAAUUAUUAUCAACAAAACUUGGUGAAAUGAAUUUUAAAAUGAACGUUGAAAUGAACAGUGAACUUUCAUUAAUUUAUGCUGGGAUAAAUGUGUGCAUUUCAGGUUGGGAAAAAGUGGUUAACUGUAAAGUGAUUAUAUUUGUGAUCUUCAUAAAGAAUGCACUGGUUUUUGUGAGUAAAGUGAUUGUUUCCUUGAAAGAUAUAGUGAGUUUUUUAUGAAAAUUAUUGUGUACUUCAAGAAGAACUGUGAUUUUCAUGGAAAAAUUGCUCUCGAUAAAAAUUUAUUUGUUUAGUAAUGAUAUUCUUUAUGAUAAAAUUUGUGAUUUUCUCGAAGAAAAAUCUCUUCUCCAUAAAGAAUUCACUGGUUCAUCUAUUUACAUACAGAAAUAUGUGGAGGCAAACAUACAAAAUGCCUCUGUAACACAAUCUACAUGUUAUAACAAUAUAGCGACUUAACUUAGGGUCAUAUACUAACACUACGUUGCAUACUAUGGUUGCAUUUGUCAUAAUGUGUUUCAUACGGGGUUUAAACGAACAGCUGACAUUUCUCCGUUUAAACCGAGUAUCUGCAAACGGGUCUAAGGCGAUGUAAACUAAGGCUCAACUCACACUUACGCGACUCAGGUCGAGAAGAGACUGGACUCUAGUGGAGAGCAUGUGUUUUCAAAUGGUGACGUCGCGGAGACUAGAAUCGACUGGUCUGAGUGUCACCAUUUGGAAACACAUGAUCUCCACUAGAGUCGAGUUUCUUCUCGGUCUGAGUCGUGUAAGUGUGAGUUGGGCCUAAGGCUGUAUAAAAAAUGAAAAAUUAGAAAAAUUACUAUAAACUCUGACAUAAAAAAAAUUAAUUGCAAAUUAAGAACAAUCAUAAUUCCAAGAAUGGCCAAAAAAUUAAAUUAUUAUGAUAAUUUAUUAAUGAAAUUAAAAUGAUUAAUAAGAUGAUCAAUGAACAUUAUAUUAAUAAUAACUUGAUAUAAUCAGUACAGGAAAACCGUAUUCAAAUGAUAUGAUGCAUUUAUUAUUGAAUUUUAAUGGAAUAAUUUUCUUCAAAAAAUUGAGUAUGAUAUUUCUACAGUAAUAUUGCUUUAUUCGUGAAGAAAGUUGUUAUCUUCAUGAAUUAAAUUGUUAUCUCCAUAAAAAAUUAUUGAUCUUCCUAAUGAUAUUUAUUUUUUGCCAUAAAGAAUGUCACAAAUUUUUACUGUACCAGUAAUAGUGCUUUUAUGAAGAAAAUUUAUCUCUGAACAACAAUACUGUUUUUCAAUAACCUGCCAAUUUUUGUAAAAAAAUAUUAAUAACAUCAUCAUUUUUUUUAAAGUAGUCCAAGUUCUCUAUGAAGAAAAUUCUGAUCUUCCUGAAUCUUCGUAAAUAGAAUAUUUAUCUUAUUAAAAAAUGGAGUUUCUCAUAAAAAAAGAGUAUCUUGAUAGAGAAAAUGGUGGGUUUAUUCAUGAAUCAUAAUCUUCAUGGAAAAAUCGUUUUGUUCAUAAAGAAAAUCAUUACCUUUUCAAAUAAUCUAAUCUACAGUUACUAUAACAGAGAUGGUUCUACAAUUACUGCAGUCUAAUUAAUGCAAAAAUGUCCCGAUCAUUGUGAACAGAACUAAGAUCUUCAGUAUUAAUCACAACUUUUUUUGUAUUGUUGCUUUAGAUUCAUUGAUACUAUUGACAAGAAAGAUCAAUGUCAACAUAAUUAAAAAACUAUAAUAUUGACUUUAAAGGUUAAAUUUCCUAUUUCGUUUAAACUAGAUAUAAAUAUCAUUGAUCCAAUUGCAAGUUAAGGUCUGCCCUUGACUUUAAUAGACUGUGAAUUUUUUUACUAACCAUAUCAAAAACAUAGUGAGCAUUUACAUCGUUAGAUUCACUUCAAACAAUAGUGAGGUCCACGUUAUAAUGGCAGUGUUUGAUUAGCAAUGGUAUUGCUAUCCUUUACUAUCAUUCAACAAAGCGGAUAGCGCUAUUUCUUUCUCGCUUUGCUCUGUUGCCAGGUUGUUUUUUAACAAUGUAGAAUUAAUUAUUAAUCAACAAAAUAUUUCAUCUUAAUUAUGAAAAUUCAUUAUGAAAUUAUUUUAAAAUUUAAUUUCUUGCUUAAUAAAAUAUAAUUUAUCAUUUUAAACGAGAAUGAACAGUUAAUAUUACAUCAAUAAACCUGUAUCAGCUACCGUCUAUAGAAGUCAUUGACAAGACAGAGGAUCGGCAGCGUGGUUCUAUCUUUCUCCACUGUCAUUAUAGCGUCGACCUUACUAUAGCUUUAUGAUUUAUGGGAAUUAAAUUGGGAUUUCGUUUACGAUUAUUACAAUGCUAAUACUUGGCAGUAAGUCUAACAAUACAGAAACGUUGAAGCAAUUCACACAAAAAUAUCACUUGAACCAUUAUUUCCCAAAACAUUGUUAAUAUAAUAAAAAAUGUGCAGUGCUAUAUGAUAUUAUAUGUGAGAACAUUGGAGAACUAUAUGCGUUGCAUAUUAUAGUGUAUAAAAAAUAAGUACAGUGUAUUAGUGACAACAGACAUCAAUAUAAACAGUUUUUAAUGUUAUCAGAAAAGCAUUAGACAUGUUUUAAUGUUGAAAUGAACACGUCGUAAAGAACACUUAUGAAAUGAUUGUAAAUUUAAACAAUAUUAAAAAGUAUGUUGUUAAA